GGUUAUAUUUCAUUCUCCAUUAAAAUUCCCUACACAAAUCAUUAUUCUUAUCAAAAUAUGAGAAGCUUCUAUCAUUCCAAUCCCUUCGCAGUUUGCAGCUUCACUUAAAAAAAAAACUAUAUGCAUAUCACAUUCCUGCCAUUACUUGUCCACCUCCCAAUUAAUCAAUUGAAGUCUAUGAAAUAAACCUUUAACACUCAGAUUAUGUUAACCAUACGAAACUUCAAUAUUCAUUACAAAAUUAUUGACGACAAAUCACAUCAACCGCAGCCAUCCAACAUGGAGGUGGCAGCCUGGCAGGCAUCAAAUCAUUCUCCAAUUACUAAAUAAGACGAAACACCCAACGUAAGCCAUGAUAACACUUCACUUCAUCCUCAUCUUCCUAUAUAGUAGGAAAUGUCAAGAUUCGUUUGUCUAUUAUAUAUUCGUGUCAAAUUAUCGUCAAUUAAAGUAGAAAUACCUUUGAAAACCCGAAAAAAAAUAAAAAAAAUCCCUCUUUGUAACUCCCAAUUCCAUAUAGUGAAUGCCAUCAUCAAGAAUGGCGGAAUCGAAAAAUGCAGAGCUUGUGUUGAUUCCAGCAGCAGGGGUAAGCCAUUUGGUGCCAUUUGUAGAGUUGGCAAAUCUCCUCAUCACUCAAACCAAUGAUCUCUCAAUCACUAUCCUAAUCAUGGCCCCCCCUUCCGACACAAAAAUCCUUAGCUACAAGAAAUCCUUGGAAGAAUCCUCGGAUCCUCGGAUCAAGUUUGUUGAUCUCAAACCAGAACUGACCGACGACCCUUCAAAAACACCACCAGCCGGUAUCCAUUUUUUCUUCCAAUUCGUUGACAACCACAAACCUCAUGUAAGAAAAAUCCUUUCUGAAAAAAAUGAUUCAUCGACUUCUAAGCUUGCUGGGGUGGUUGCGGAUAUGUUCUGCACAACCUUUUUCGAUGUGGCCGCUAAAUUAGGGGUCCCGCAUUAUGUGUUUUUCACUUGUGGGGCUUCGAUGUUUGGGCUAAUGUUGCAUCUCCAGAGCUUGAGAGAUGAUCACAAUGUGGAUGUUACAGAGUUUAAGAUUUCGGACAAGAGUACCAAGAUUCGAGUUCCGACUUACAUCAAUCCUGUUCCGGUCAGGGUGAUUCCAUCUGUGUUCUUGGAGAAAGGAUGCAGUGAUUUGUUUCUGGACCAGGCGAAGAGAUACAGAAAGGCUAAUGGAAUCAUAAUUAACACCUUCAAAGAAAUGGAAAUCCAGGCUAUUGAGGCUUUGAGUAAUGACAGUAAAAUCCCACCAGUUUACGCAAUUGGACCUUUGUUGAAUCUUAAAGGAGGGAAAUGGAAUGAUAACAACCAGAAGAAGAAGCAGAAAGAAGAAGAAGAUGAACAGAGUAUUAUAAAAUGGCUGGAUCUUCAACCUGAAUCCUCUGUUGUGUUCCUCUGUUUUGGAAGUGGAGGAGCAUUUGAUGGUGAACAAGUCAAGGAAAUGGCGAAAGGGAUCGAGCGUUCUGGUUACCGUUUCUUAUGGUCAUUGAGAAAGCCACCUUCUUCAGACAACUUCGGUUACGCUGAUGACUAUGAGAAUCUGGAAGAUGUAUUGCCGGAAGGGUUCUUGCAGCGAAAUUCGGGUGCCGGAAAAAUCAUAGGAUGGGCACCACAGGCUGCCAUUCUGUCACAUCCGGCAGUGGGAGGCUUCGUUUCGCAUUGUGGGUGGAAUUCGAUCCUGGAAAGUGUUUGGUUUGGCAUGCCGGUCGCGACUUGGCCGCUUUACGCCGAGCAGCAAGUGAAUGCAUUUCUGCUGGUGAAGGAAUUGGAGAUGGCCGUGGAGAUCAAAAUGGACUAUAGGAAACAUACUCGGGAAACGCCCGAGUUGAGUAGCGAAGAUGUAAGUGCUGAAUUGAUGGAAAGGGGGAUUAGGCUAGUUAUGGAAGCAGUGAGCGAAGUGAGAAAGAAGGUGAAGCAAAUGCAAGUUAAGAGUCUAUCUGUCUAUGAGGAGGAGGGAGGAUCGUCUUAUACUUCUGUGAAAUAUUUCAUUGAUGAUGUGAUAAGCAAUGCCCUCUGAGAUUUUCCAAUCUUUCCCAAAACAAGUAUCAAGUAUCAAUAGUCUUCAGUCAGUUUCUGCUGCACUUGAAAGCGGUUAAUUAGUUUUUUUUUUUUUUUCCUUUUUCUUUUUUUUUUUU